CUCACAACACACCCAAAAAACAUCAAGAACGUGAAAAAUCCAUAAUAGAAACUUGCAAGCGAACAGCAAUGGCAAUCUCUUCUUCUUCUUCUUCUUCGAUGCUGCUAUUUCCUCUGUUAUUGGCUGGUGUGCUCUUGCCCUCUGUUGUGGCCAAUUUCUACCAGAAUGUGGAGAUAACGUGGGGAGACGGACGUGGGCAAAUCAAGAACAAUGGCGAUCUUCUCACUCUCUCCCUCGACAAGCCUUCCGGCUCCGGGUUUCAGUCCAAGAACGAGUACCUGUACGGCAAAAUCGACAUGCAGCUCAAGCUCGUCGCCGGAAACUCCGCCGGAACAGUCACUGCCUAUUACUUGAAGUCGCCUGGAACAACGUGGGACGAGAUCGAUUUCGAGUUCUUGGGAAAUCUCAGUGGCGACCCUUACACUCUCCACACUAAUGUCUUCACGCAGGGCAAGGGCAACAGGGAACAGCAGUUCAAACUCUGGUUCGACCCGACAGCAGAUUUCCACUCUUACUCCAUUCUCUGGAACCCACAACGCAUCAUAUUCUCUGUGGAUGGGACUCCGAUCAGAGAAUUCAAGAACAUGGAAUCUCAAGGUGUUCUAUUUCCGAAGAACCAGCCGAUGAGAAUGUACUCAAGCCUAUGGAACGCCGACGACUGGGCCACGAGGGGCGGUCUCGUCAAGACCGACUGGUCGCAGGCUCCAUUCACGGCCUCCUACCGCAACUUCAAGGAGGAUGCAUGCGUCUGGUCCAACGGCAAAUCCUCCUGUCCGAACGGGUCGAGCCAGGGGACAAGCGGAUCCUGGUUAUCUCAAGAACUGGACACGACCAGUCAGGAGCGGAUGAGAUGGGUACAGAAGAGCUACAUGAUCUACAACUACUGUACGGACACCAACAGGUUCCCUCAGGGUCUCCCAAAGGAAUGCAUUGCCGCGUAGAGCUAUAUAUAUAUAUAUUCUUUGUUUGUUGUAUAUCGUAAAUCUUUAUUUAUUUAUUUUUGGGCAGAUCAAAUUUUGUUUUAUCAAUUCGAUUGUAAUUCUUUGGCGGUGAAUUUGAGUAACAUGGCUAGCUUUCCAUCUA